AUGUACUCUGUAAAAUCCAGGAUAGAAACCUUACUAAAGGAGUCUGUGAGAGUAGCCCUCCCUAAAAGAAGCAGCAUUGAGGCAAAGGCAUUGCAGGAGUUCACCGUCUCUUCAUGCUCACAAGGUAAUAAAGGGCAGUUUCAUUAUACAACUAAUCUUCCUCAACUGAUUUGGCAGAAAUCAUUAGAAGAGGCUAAGAAGGAAGGAAAUAAAGAUCAACAUGAUUAUUACGGGAUGGCUUCAGCCAAAGAUAUUGCAACUGAUAUCAUUGUGACUAUGGAACAAGGAGAAAGAUCAAUGUUCAAAUUCAUUGAAGUGGGGAAUCUCCCAACAGACGAUGGAAUCGGCUUCAGUAUUGAUUUCCAAAUAAGAGAUGAAAUAUUUCAGGAGCAUGAGGAUGUCUUCACAAAGAUUUUAAACAAUGAAAAGAUACCUGAAGAUGUACCCUUGCUUGAAUUUGUGGUCACUCCUGUUAACAAAGUGGAGGCUGAGGGAAAUAUCGAGAGGUUCUUCCGAGAAUAUGUUAGAAUUGCUCAUAUCUCUCAGAUAUACCAAAAUAUCCAACUACAGUUUAAUAACUACAUAGACAGGAACAAGGCUACAGCAAUUGCUCUGAGCCUUAACUCCCAUUUCUCAGAUACUAAAACAAAUGGCGAUGUUAUCUUCUCUGAUUACAUUGAUGAAUUCACAGAUAAAGAGCAUAAUUUGCAUGAUAUGAUUCAUGUAGUAGAGAAUCACCAUGAAACCCUAUAUAAGCUUAAUCUAUUAUGUAAACCUAUUCAAACCUUUAGCCUAGCGGCAGGUGUUGAGAAGUACAAAAAGGAAGCAUUUGAGGGACAGAAGAAAGAUCCUGUGACUAUUCCUCCUAAAGCACAUCUUUAUGAUUUGAUGCUUGAUUUGAUCACUAAGAAUGGUCCUGUUGCUCCUUGCCAUAGCAGUUUGCUGCCUGCUAGCAAAGCUGCAGGAGUCACUCUCUCAUUUUUACCAGAUAUGUAA